UCUCAACAUACAUGCCAAUUUAUUAAAGAAAAAACAUAUAAUAUAUACACAUCGUUAAACUUUAUAUUAUAAUAUAUUUAUACAUAAAUGAAAAAUAAAAAUUUAUAAUAAUUGUUUUCAAUACAUAUUACUUAAAGUGUCUGUAACUUUGCUGUAGCACGUGCGCACAGUUCUAGAUAAAAAAAAAAGAAAUAAAAUUCGUGCUUGAAUUGUUAUUUAGUGUGUGUGUGUGUGUAUAUUUUUGGAGUAAAUGUUUGCUACUUGUUUAUUUUUCAAAAAUAUUUGCAAAAAUUAUUUGUAACUAAAUAAUGGCAGGAUUUACUGAAAAUGCCCUGGUUAAAAAAUUAUUGGAUUUAAAUCCAUCACAGCAAAGCAUACAAACACUUUCACUGUGGCUAAUACAUCACAGAAAGCAUCAUGGAACAAUUGUCAAAGUUUGGCACAGAGAAAUGUGCAAAGCCAAGGAUAAUCGAAAAUUAAUGUUCAUGUACUUGGCAAAUGAUGUUAUACAAAAUAGUAAAAAAAAAGGACCUGAAUUUGGUAAAGAAUUUGGUAAUUUUUUGCCAAAAGCAUUUGAACAUAUGAAAGGUUUUGAUGAAAAAACACGUGAACGUUUAAAUCGUCUUCUUAUUAUUUGGGAAGAACGUGGUGUUUAUGAUAAAACACAAAUAACUGAAUUUAAAGCAGCAUUUGAUGCUGCAACUGAACCUGUUAAAGAACCUGGUACACCACCACCAAAAAAAAAAUUAAAAACAGCUGAUGUAGAAAAAAUUAAGACACAAAUACCAAAAGUUGAAAAAAAAGAGAGAAAAAAAUCUGAAACUGAAGUUGAAGUUGAUGGUACCAAGGAACUUCAUGUUACACUGAGUCCAAAAACACCAGCUGGUGAUCCACCAGAAACAGAGGAGUUAAUCAAAGCCUUAAUGGAUUUAGAAAAUUCUGCAUCAUCUGAUGCAGCUGUAAGAGAACAAAUUGCAUCAUUGCCACCAGAAGUAUCAGAAGUAUCAUUAUUGGCUAAUCUUGCUGAUCGUUCUGCUGCAGAUCAAUUGAGUAUUGCUGUUAAUGAAGCAGCAGCAUUAUUGGCUGAUUACAAUGGAAGAUUACAAUCUGAAAUGGAAGAGAGAAAAAAAUUACUCACAAUGCUUAGGGAUUAUACAUUAGCACAAAAACAAUUGCUUCAACAAGCUCAAACAACAUUGGAGGAUUACAAGGAAAAAUUAAAGAAAGUAUGUACAGUAAGAGCAGACGUAAAAUCUCAUAUUUCAAAUCUUCCUGAUUUAACACAAUUGCCAGAUGUUACUGGAGGUCUGGCACCUCUGCCAUCAGCUGGUGAUCUUUUCUCACUUCACUAGUUUGAUAUAUCAUAAAAGUAAUUAAACUUUUGAAUUUAAUUUUAAAUAUUUGUAUAAUUAAUUGUAUACAAGCGAACAAAAGAAAAAAAAAAAAAAAUAAUAAUAUUCAUUCACAUCGAGGAAUGAUACUGGAGGUAACUAUUAAAUGUUCUAUAAUUUUUUUUAUUUUUUUUUCCAAAUAAAAAAAUAUACCGGUAAAAUGAAUUAAUUUUGAUUGUUAAAUAAUAAUAUCUUGAUACUUCCUGAUAAAUAUGACCUGUUAGUAUUUUCAUUUGAAAAAUACGAAAAAUAAAAAGCUUCCUAUAAAUUAUCAUUAAAAAUAUAGUUAUAUUAUCAUUAUUAUAUUUAUAAAUGUAUCGAAAAAUUUCAUAAAAAUUGAUUAUUUGAUUAACUUGUAAAAGAGAUACAAAAGUUAGUACGUGGAUAAGAAAGCUUUGUUUUCUUUAAAUAUAUAAUCAUGAAGAGAGGAUAUAAUAAAGUAUUUUUUGAUAAUAAUUCCUCGAAUUGAAUGUAAAAAAAAAGAAAACAAACAAACAAAAUGAGCCAGACAAAUUAAUAUUAAUUAAUAAUGAUAUUUGUUUUUUUUUUUUUUUGAUUAUUAUUGAUACUUUCAAACAAAAUGUGCACUUCUAAAAAGAUACGAACAAAACAAAGCCUGAUAAAAUGAAAAUUUGCUUUGUUUAAUUUGUACUGCAUCUGUAGUUUUUGCAAUGAAUUUGAUAAAUGCUUCAAUACAAU